AUGGCUUCUAAGAAGUUGGGGUCCGACUCUCAUGGGCCUUUCAGUUAUCUUGAUGAUGUCCCAUUUAAGAUAGGAGACAAAUUCAAAACCCCAGUGAAAGUUGGAUUACCUAUUGGUUUCUGCCUGCCUAAUUCUUCUCAGCUUGUCAGAGAAGCCCAGUAUGACUUCUCACUGGAAAAGAAAACAAUUAAGUGGGCUGAUGAUAUAAGAAAAAUUCAAGCUGCCCAGAGAGAAGCUGCACACAAGGCAGAAGAAGCAUUAGCAAACUUGAAAGCAGCUCCAGAAGACAGGGAGUACUCAGAGGGACCUUUACCUGAGACCAUGCCUCCUCCUAUUAACCCCAUCCUUGCUAGCCUGCAGCACAAUAAUAUUCUUACUCCCACACCAGCCAACAGCAGUACUGUGAAGCAAAAGGUUCUCAGUCCACCUCGUCCGAAAGCAGACUUCAACCCAGCUGAUUUUGAAUGUGAAGAAGACCCAUUUGACAAACUGGAAUUAAAAACUAUCAAUGAUAAGGAAGAAUUAAAAAAUAUUCUUGAAAUUCAUGUUGGUACUACUGGGCCAAUUGUUGCACAGCUGUUAGAUAAUACUUUGCCUAAAGGAGGGUCUGAGUCUGUGUUGCAAGAUGAGGAAGUUCUGGCAUCCAUAGAAAGGGCCACAUUGGACUUCAAGCCCCUUCACAAACCCAAUGGCUUUAUCACUUUACCGCAGCUGGGAAACUGUGAAAAGAGGUCCUUGUCUUCCAAAGUGUCCCUGUCUCCCAUCACUUCAGUUAGCAAUAUCAAAUCUCUAUCCUUUCCUAAGCUUGACUCCGAUGAGAGUGAUCAAAAAUCAUCAAAGCUCACAAGCACUUUCCACAGCACUACUUGUCUCCGCAAUGGCACUUUGCUCAGCUCUUUGCAGACCUGUGCUCAGAGUAAAACUAGUGAACUGUAUGGACACCAUGGUAUUUCUACUCUAAAUGAGGACAGUGGCAUGGAGACAGCAUUAUCCUCUUCAUCCAGGCUGCCAUCCCUGGCUGUGUCCACAGUUUGUAAAGAAGAAAAAUCAUCUCAAAGCACAACAACUAUGGUAACACCCCAAAAUUUGCCAGUGUCUAAAGUGCCCAAUAACACUAGCUGCACACAGCAGGAUGGCCCCACUCCUGAGCUACAGCAGGUCCUCUCCACUAGUGAGAGGCAGUGCGUAGAAAUGGUCGUCAACAUGGGAUACUCACCUGAGAACGUCUUGAAAGCCAUGGAGAAGAAGGGACAGAACAUAGACCAGGUUUUGGAUUACCUGUUUGCACAUGGACAGCUUUGUGAGAAGGGCUUUGAUCCACUUCUUGUUGAAGCAGCUUUGGAAAUGCACCAGUGUUCAGAGGAGAAGAUCACAGAACUUCUCCAACUAAUGAGUCAAUUUAAAGAAAUGGGCUUUGAACUAAAGGACAUUAAGGAGGUCUUAUUAUUACAUAACAACGACCAACACAAUGCUUUGGAAGAUCUAAUGGCCCGUGCAGGAGCCAGCUGA